CCGUGGCAUUGGAGCUCCCUCUGGCCUAUUCUUGUACCGGUCUUCGAUUGACUUUAGCCUCGAAUGUGAUUUUAUCCGUCUGGAAGACACAAGCCCGACGAAACCCCCCGUCGGAACUCUCACUUUUGUCAAUUUUCCCAAUCGAAGAAGAAUCUGGCAGUCUUGCAAUGGUUUGUUGUGUUGCUUUACCUUUGGAGGACCUGAUGCUAAAUGCAACUAUCAUAUCUAUAAUCCUACUAUCCACCGAUUCACUACGCUUCCUAAUCCUGCUGGUCGAGUUUUCAGGAACAGUCGCCGUGUUGGAUCAGUUCAUGCAGUUAAUUUGGCCUUUGAUCCAUUGAAAUUGCCACACUACAAAGCUGUUUGUGUUUAUGACUCUCAGAUAUUGCCUGAACAAUUUGAGAUUGAAGUAUAUUCAUCCGAAACCGGUCUUUGGAGGCACUCUGCUGAUCCUUUCAGUGCAAAAGUUAAUUUUGAGCUAGGAGUUUUCUGGAAUUGUGCCAUCAAUUGGGUCAGUUACCAGGGUAAUUCGUUGUAUUUCAAUGUUGAUGAAGAGCGUCUUGGAACAAUGCCGAUGCCUCCACUGCCCUACGGUUGCGAGGGGAGGAAGCUCAGAUAUUUCGCAGAGUCUUGUGACCAUCUUCAUCUUAUUGAGAGCUAUGGUCCUCCUACGACACAAUUCAAUGUAUAUGAGAUGGCCAAAGAUUACUCUGGGUGGUCUGUGAAGUACCUUGUCGAUCUUGACCCAGUUAUGGAUGCAUUUCCAGAGUCUAUAGUAGGCUUGCUUGAUUACAAAUUUCUUAUAAUAAGUUUUCUCAGGAGGAAUAGUGAUGAGGAGUCAUUUCUUGUGUUGGGUAUACCUGGUAAGGCCAUUCGUUACAAUUUCAGUGACAAGACUUUCAAGAAGCUUUGUGACGUUCCUCGAGAUCAUCUAAAUUUUGAGCUUGACCAUGCCCCAAUGUUUGGAUGGUAUAAUGCAUUUCAAUACAUUGAGUCUCUCUCUUGUGUCACAAUAAGGGAUAGUUCAAUGCAUUUCACUGUAGAGUCUAAAGAUGACAAGAUAUACACAACAGUCUUAAUAGACUGA